AUGUCUGUUUCUCGUGCCAGAUCGUUGUCUGAAGAGGACAAUAUUAGCUUCACGGAAAAGAAAAUCCAAUCAUAUGAUACCGAAUUGCAGGAAGUGGACACUGCUGUGGGCCAGCUGGAAGAACUGGAUACCGUUCGACAGGGUCUCCACCAACGACACAUCCAGAUGAUUGCUCUCGCCGGCACCAUUGGAACUGGACUUUUCCUCAGUUCUGGUAAAGCUAUCGUCAAUGCGGGUCCGUUGGGGGCCUUCCUCGCCUACUCCAUCAUUGGUUUGCUGGUUUCGAGCGUUGUCCUAGGUGUCGGAGAGAUGGGUGCUCUGGUACCGCUCAACGGUGGUGUAGUCCGGUAUGCAGAGCUAUUCUGUGACCCUGCUCUGGCCUUUGCGAACGGAUGGAACCAGGUUUACUCCUACAUUGUGGCAAUUCCCGCUGAGAUUGUCGCCGCUGCUGUAAUCGUGGAAUUUUGGGUUACCGUCAGCAAUGCCGUUUGGAUCACGAUCUUCGGUCUUCUGAUGACUAUCACCGCUGCUCUUUUCAAUAUUAUGGCUCUAGUCAUAACCUGUGGUGGAGGACCCAACAACACUUCUAUUGGGUUCGAAUUUUGGAGGAGCCCUUACGGUCCCUUCCAACAAUAUCUCAACAUCCCCGGCCGUUUAGGCCAGUUUCUUGGGUUCUGGACUGCCUUCAAUAACGCUCUCUACGCAUACUCUGGCAUUGAAGGUAUCACCGUUGCCGCUGCCGAGACUAAGAACCCUCGACGAGCCAUUCCCAUGGCCGCAAAACGUAUUUUUGUCCGAAUUGUCCUCUUCUACGUUCUUACAAUAUUCAUGGUCACUCUUGUUGUAUCUUCAGCAGAUCCAGAUCUUCUAGGAUCUUCUGGUACGGCAUCCGCGUCGCCGUUUGUUAUCGCCGCUCGCAAUGCGGGUAUCAAGGUCGUGCCAUCUAUUAUUAACGCGGUUGUCCUUACCUCAGCCUGGUCGUCAGGCAACUCUAGCAUGCUCGGUGGUUCUCGAGUACUCUAUGGUAUGGCAGUAAAUGGUCGCGCACCUGCUAUCUUCAAGCGUCUGAACCGCUUCACAAUCCCUUACGUGGCCGUUAUUCUCUAUGCUGUGUUCAUCGCUUUGGGUUACAUGACCCUCUCGAAUUCUGCAAGCACUGUCUUCACGUGGCUGCAAGUCAUCGUGUCCAUUGCAGCACUGGUGAACUGGAUCUGCAUCCUUAUUAUUUACCUCAGGUUCCAAUACGGCUGCAAAAAACAGGGAAUCAGUCGCCAUGAAGAACUUCCAUGGGCAGCCCCUUUUCAACCGUGGGCAAGCUGGAUCUCAUUGAUCCUGUUCAUCAUUCUGUUCUUCACUGGUGGCUACUCCACCUUCAUCCACGGAGAUUGGAGCACCGAGACAUUCAUUUCUUCGUACUUCAACUUGCCGUUCAUCUUGAUUGUCUACUUUGCCUACAAGUGGUGGAUGAAAACGAAGAUUGUUGCACUGGAGGAUAUUCCCAUUCGACCUUUCAUCGAACAGUACCGGCUUAAUCCAGAGCCGGAACCUACGCCCAGGACUGGUCUCCGAAAAUUUAAUAUUCUCUGGUCAUAG